AUGAAGACAGUCAUCAACACUGGUCUUCUCGUCCUGGGAGGCCUCGCUGCCAAGGCGACAGCCACGGCCGAGUACGACUAUGUCGUCAUUGGCUCUGGCCCUGGUGGUGGCCCUCUUGCCGCGAACUUGGCCCGUGAGGGACAUUCAGUCUUCUUGAUCGAAGCUGGCGGCAACCGCGGAGACGAACUCUUGCAACAAGUCCCCAGGUUGUACAAUGCAAACGCGGAGCACCCCGAAAUGUCCUGGCAGUUCUUUGUCUCUCACUAUCAGAACGAGACUCAGGCCCGCCGCGAUCGUUAUUUCAGCUACCGCCUCGCCAACGGUACGCUCUACUACGGUCUCAACCCCCCUGAGGGCGCAACGCCACUUGGCAUUUAUUACCCUCGAGGAGCCACCGUUGGAGGUUCAGCCAUCUCGAAUGCGAUGAACGUCGUGCUUCCUCCUCCAGACGACUUUGACUACAUCGCCCGCGCCACCGGAGACGAUUCCUGGAGGGGUGAGAAUCUCAUCCAGUACUACGAAGAAUUCGAGCGCAACACUUACACUCCGCCCGGCACCGAUGGCCACGGCUACGAUGGAUACAUCGCUACCAACAGGAACAACAUUUCUUAUCUUGUUGACCGUCCAGGCAUCUUCAAUGUUGUGCAGAACGCCAUGUCUCAAACUGAAAACAUCGAUCUUCCUGACCGAGAGGACGUGAUUCAACGUCUGGAACGUGACCUCAACCGACCUGAUCUUGACAAGUACGAGCAGGAGGGCGUCUACCAGGUCCCAGUCCACGUCGAUGAUAAGCGCCGCCGAAGCAGCCCAUGGAACUACAUCAGUGAAACACUUGCUGCCAAGUCUGCCAACGGGUCUGCUCUCUAUCCUCUCACUUUGAGCACCCACAGUCUUGCCACCAAGGUAGUCACAUCCAAGAGCUCUAAUGGCACGAUCAAGGCUGUGGGAGUCGAGUACCUUGCUGGUGAGGGUCUUUAUGAAGCUGACCGCCGCUAUGAUGCUAGCGUCAGUGGAGAGAAGAAGUUCGUAAAGGCUAGAAAGGAGGUCAUUGUUGCCGGAGGAGCCUUCAACACUCCCCAGAUUCUGAAGCUCAGUGGUCUCGGUCCCCGCGAGGAGCUUGAAAGCCACGGUAUUCCUACUGUCGUCGACCUCCCCGCCGUGGGCGAGUACCUGCAAGACAACUAUGAGAUUGGCAUCAGCGUCCAGUCGCAGAUCCCCUGGGAGAACAACCCAGCUGCCAACUGCACAUCCUCGGGCAACCCCGAAACUGACCCUUGCCUCGCCCAGUGGAUCGAAGGUUAUGGUCCUUAUGGCGAAGCUGCUUCGUCUAUCUUCAUGCUCUACCGUUCUAGCCAAAGUGAAAACAAUGACACUGAUCUGAUUAUUUUCGGCGGCGGCGGCGGCGUCUUUGACGGCCAUUACCCAGGAUACAGCACAACCCAGCGACCUCCUACCAGCUUCUUCUGGGUUGUUGCCAAGAUGCAGAACCACAACCCCGCCGGCACCGUUCGUCUUCGCUCAUCCGACCCUCGUGAAGUUCCCCAGAUCGACUUCAACUUCUUCGAACAGGGCCGUGAGAUUGAUCUCACAGCUCUCUCUGAGGGCCUGGAGCAUGUCACCUCCAUCAUGAAUGCGAUGGACGAGCCAUACGCGCCUUUCACUUUCAUCGACCCUCCCUCUGACCGCUCUUUGAGCCAGCACAUUCUGGACCACACUUUUAGUCACCACGCCCUUGGAAGCUGCCGUAUUGGCCGCGACAAGACCGACUCGUGCGUUGACUCCAACUUCAAGGUCCAUGGUGUUGAGGGUCUCAGAGUCGUCGACGGUUCUGUCUUCCCCCGUGCCCCUGGAGGAUUCCCCGUGGGUUCUACAUUUUUGAUCGGCCAGAAGGCUUUCCGUGUCAUCACUGAGGACGCUUAG